GCCCGCGGACGCAGUGGCUCUGGUCCUUGGCCCUGGAGAUUGGCUUCCGGGCUGCCUCGCCUCAGAGCGCGGUGUCCACCCUUUUCCGGCGCCUUGGCUGAGCGGAGCCGUGCGGCUGGGUGCAGCCCUCCGCGCCUUGUUCAGCGGCCCAGCGCACUCGAGCGAGCAAGUGAUAAUCAAGUUACUAUGAGUCUGCUAAACUGUGAAAACAGCUGUGCAUCCAGCCAGUCUGAAAGUGACUGCUGUGCUGCCAUGGCCAGCUCCUGUAGCGCCGCAGCCAAAGAUGACAGCGUGAGUGGAACUGCCAGCACGGGGACCCUCUCCAACUCUUUUGUGGAAGAGAUCCAGGGAUAUGAUGUGGAGUUUGACCCACCCCUGGAAAGCAAGUAUGAAUGCCCCAUCUGUUUGAUGGCAUUACGGGAAGCAGUACAAACACCCUGCGGCCACAGGUUCUGCAAAGCCUGCAUCAUAAAAUCAAUAAGGGAUGCAGGUCACAAAUGUCCAGUUGACAAUGAAAUACUGCUGGAAAAUCAACUAUUUCCUGACAAUUUUGCAAAACGAGAGAUUCUUUCUCUGACGGUGAGGUGUCCAAAUGAAGGUUGUUUGCACAAGAUGGAACUGAGGCAUCUCGAGGAUCAUCAAGCACAUUGUGAGUUUGCUCUUAUGAAUUGUCCCCAAUGCCAACGUCCUUUCCAAAAAUGCCAAAUUAAUAUUCACAUUCUCAAGGAUUGUCCAAGGAGACAGGUUUCUUGUGCCAAUUGUGCUGUAUUGAUGGCAUUUGAAGAUAAAGAGGCAUGUACUAACUUGGAUUUGUUAAUUCCACUACUUAAAAAAAAUUUUAAUGUAUCUAUUCCCAGCCUAACACUUGCGCUUGAUUUUUAGAUGCAGAGGAAUCACUUGGCACGCCACCUACAGGAGAACACCCAGUCGCACAUGAGAAUGUUGGCCCAGGCUGUUCAUAGUUUAAGCCUUGCUUUAACUCCCUAUGAUCCUGCCUCUCUGUCCCGAGUUUCCUCUGGGUGUCACCCAGAAGUCCAAAAUUUCCAGGAAACCAUUCACCAGUUAGAAGGUCGCCUUGUAAGACAAGAUCAUCAAAUUCGGGAGCUGACUGCUAAAAUGGAAACUCAGAGCAUGUAUGUGAGCGAGCUCAAACGAACUAUCUUUGAAGACAAAGUUGCUGAAAUUGAAGCACAGCAGUGCAAUGGGAUUUACAUCUGGAAGAUUGGCAACUUUGGGAUGUACUUGAAAUCUCAAGAAGAAGAGAGACCGGUUGUCAUUCAUAGCCCUGGAUUCUACACAGGCAAACCCGGGUACAAACUCUGCAUGCGUUUGCAUCUUCAGUUACCAACUGCUCAGCGCUGUGCAAACUAUAUAUCCCUCUUUGUCCACACAAUGCAAGGAGAGUAUGACAGCCACCUCCCUUGGCCCUUCCAGGGUACAAUACGCCUUACAAUUCUUGAUCAGUCUGAAGCACCUAUAAGGCAAAACCAUGAAGAGAUAAUGGAUGCCAAACCAGAGCUGCUUGCCUUCCAGCGACCCACAAUCCCACGGAACCCAAAAGGUUUUGGCUAUGUAACGUUUAUGCAUCUGGAAGCCCUAAAACAAAGAACCUUCAUUAAGGAUGACACAUUAUUAGUACGCUGUGAGGUCUCUACCCGCUUCGACAUGGGUAGCCUUCGGAGGGAGGGUUUUCAGCCACGAAGUACCGAUACAGGUCUAUAG